AUGCAGGAACGUUAUUGGUUGAGAGGAAGACGGAGAUGGAUGGAUUGGGAUGAUGAUGCUGGGAUUAUUGGUCGAGAGGAGAGGGGAGGGGAGGGGAGGGGCAACGAAUUACCAUACAAGAGAACGGUUUUCUUUGAUUCGAGUCAAGGUCAAGGUCAAGGUCGGAAAGAGGUCAGAAGAGGUGCAUUACUCCGCCACAUGGUUGGGCCAAAAGAAGAAGAAGAAGAAGAAGAAGAAGAAGAAGAAGCAGCAGAAGAUUAUAAUGGAUGA